CGAGCGACAUUCGCUUAAACCACAAGGGAUCCUCAAACCUUGACCCAAACUUACACGAGGGCAAGGGCGGGUUUUGUGGCAAUGUGGAAGUAAACAAGCACUUUCCUAAAGGCUGAGACUAUAGCGUAGCUUGCUAGUACUUUCAUCGUUUGGAGCAUCCCCUUUUAAGUUGUUCGUUGUCGUCACAUCAAGUUCCUGCAAGCUCAACUCUACCUUUGGAAGGCUUCAUGCAAUCCCUACAUGUAGCCUUCAGGUUCCAGGAGGGAUUCUUUGCCAAAACAGCACAGCGGUCUAGCAGGCUUCCCCCAGAGUCGAGCGAUGAUGCAGCCACCGAUAGCCGAGGGCAAUGCGCCAAUUACGCGAAACGAAGAGGCCAAAAAGGUCCAAGACGCAAUCAACACUCUCUUGAAAGCCGCGCAAGCAACACAUGAGCCGUCUGAGAAGAUACCCGAUAGCCCAAGUGAUGCUUCGCGAUUCACCAGAGACGACAUGGAUGAGACCGAGCUUAACAGCGAAUUUGCAUGGGACAUUGCUACCAAACUCCACGCGAAGAAUUUUGUAAGGCUGGUGUCUAGGAAACCGCCGGUCCUGCACACCAUUUACCGUCUUCUCAACAAAUUGCAAAUGGGUGAUUGGGGGUACCGCGUCAAUAUUGCAGAGAUGCAGCGCAUGCAUCUGCGAGCUCUGCAAGUCGGCCUCGUUGAUAAGGCAGUCGAGAUGCAAGUCCGGGGUAAUGCAAUGGAGCCAGAAGCCAUUGCAAAAGAUGGCAAACUCCUAGCAGGUCUGCUUAGAGAAUACACUCAAGCUGUACAAGACUAUGAGUACAUGACAAAAGUCUCUCAGCAACCAUUCGACUUUUUCGUCGCGUCGAGUGAACGCUACCAAGAUAGCUACGUUCUCGACAAGGUGAUGCGGAAGAACAGAGUAGGAGCUAGAGACUUCGCCGAUCCGCCGCGAAUGACGUACGAGUCCAUGAAGUUCCAUGCUCUGCCGACUGGGCCGUGGGGCAAUGAAGAGAACCCGGAGCCUCUUGGCGGGACAAGGAACGCAUCGGCCAAGGCAGUGCUUCGUCGCAACUUUUGGUGGAAGAUUAUGGGCGCAGUGGUUGGAGGGGCUUUCCUUGUCGGCCCUAUGUGGCUGCUAGUACUUCAACGAGACUUGUAUCUUAACCUCGGAGUUGCUACGGCGUUCACUUUUGCUUUCGGAUUUCUCAUUGUUGGGUGUGUUGAUCAACUGGAUCAAGUCUUCGCGUCUACUCUUGCAUAUGCUGCGGUCUUGAUGGUGUUCGUUGGAGUCAUGUUUGACAAGCAGUUUCCUGAAGGAGCAUGAGCAAGGAUUUCGAUGGAUCUUUGAUGGCCGAAAGAUACCAUUGCUCAGAAUUUCUAAAGCAGUCGAGAAUGUCUGGUGUCAUGGCAAGACCUCCAGGGGGGUACGAACCACUGAAUCGUGCCCCGAAGCAGGACACACUUGUAAUGAAUACACGGUAAGAUGGCCAGCGGUCCCCGGGAAAUCCGUUGUCUCAAAGCAUCUGGUAGUAUUCUCGGCUCGAUUGCAUACUGGUGAACUUUUGCAUAUCAAUGAAUCGGG